AUGUCAUCCACUGAAUUGUCCAUCGAAAUUGACGGCGUACCAACUCUGUUUCAUUUUAUCUGGUUGAGGGACCAUUGCCACUGUUCGGCGUGUUUUUUCGACACCACCAAGCAGAGAUUACUCAACUCGGCCACGAUUGAUGAGAACAUCCAUCCAGCCAAGCAAGAGUACGAUGGAAAAAAUUUGUCUAUCGUGUGGAGCCAAGACAAUCACCUGUCGGAAUAUCCAGUUGACUGGUUGCGCGUACACGCCUACAAUCCUCCACUUAUUGCAGGAGACUUAAAAGUAGCAGGUGAGAAGGAGAUCUUGGAGCGCACACUCUGGACGACCAGUGAAAUCAAAGACGUAAUGCCUGUUGUGGACUUUCCCAAGAUUAUGGCGUCAAGCGACGAAACCGAUGGGGAAGAAGCCAUCAAAGAAUGGUGCUUGAAGCUCUGGAAGUAUGGAUUCACACUCAUAGACAAUGUUCCCGUCACCCCAGAGGACACCGAAAAAUUAUGCGAGAAGCUCAUGUAUAUACGGCCCACUCAUUAUGGUGGCUUCUGGGACUUCACGUCUGACUUGGGCAAGAAGGACACGGCAUAUACAAACUUUGACAUCUCUUCUCAUACCGACGGUACAUAUUGGUCGGACACGCCAGGUUUGCAGCUUUUUCACCUCUUGUACCACGACGGCACGGGCGGAACGACAUCACUUGUUGAUGCUUUCCAAUGUGCAGAGAAAAUGAAGAAGCUUCACCCAGAGAGCUACGAUCUUUUGACGAAGAUUCCAAUUCGUGCACACUCAGCAGGCGAGGAAAAGGUUUGUAUCCAGCCAGACAUUCCGCAACCUAUCUUCAAGCUAGACCUUGAAGGAAACUUGAUUCAAGUUAGGUGGAAUCAAAGUGAUAGGUCUUGUAUGGAUAUUUGGGAAAACCCAGCAGAUGUGCCCAAAUUCUACCAGGCUAUCCGCCAAUGGUACAAGAUAAUCAGCUCCCCUGAGAACGAAAUUUUCUAUCAAUUGAAGCCAGGUCAGUGUUUGAUCUUCGACAACUGGAGAUGCUUCCACCUGAGAACGGAAUUUACAGGAAAGAGAAGAUUGUGUGGGGCAUACAUCAACAGAGAUGACUUUGUGAGUAGAUUGAAGUUGCUCAAUCUUGGCAGGAAGGCCGUAUUAGACUCGAUCUGA